AUGAUAAGCGACAGCCUUUGUGUGUUUUCCUUGGAUGCCGACACGGAUCUGCGACAAGUCGAAGAGAACCUGUUGGAGUCGGCCUAUGCGUGCCAAGAAGUCCGUGUAUCGAUUGUCGAACAGAUCUUUUUUCAAGGAUCCAGAACCAGGACGGAUCAAAUGGUCUCGUUUUUGCAAACAUUGUUUCGAGUAGAACCUAGAAUAGAAAAGCUGACGUUCGACAGUGGCCUUACAAGUUUCAGCAAUGUGCUCCCCGUGGAAGUCCUAGCUGUGGCAUUGAUGGAAGGCAAGGCUCUCCAGCGGAUCGAUCUAUCCUAUGUCAAGAUUCAAUUUCGAAAUGACAACUUGCAAUGGCUGCAAGACAACGAAGCAAAGUCCCAAUUGCGGCAGUGCUGUCUCGACCGUGCUUCUUUACUAAUCAAAGACCAUGACGACAAUCCUCGUCAUCCACCAGAAGAAAUGACAUUGGAUCCUCUCAUUUCCAUGUUGCUUCAGACAUGUCCUCGGCUCGCAUGGCUCACCAUUUGUUGUUCGGAUGCAUCUGGCACGUUGACGGAACCAACGUUGGAAUCCCUGGCGAUGGCUCCCAGUCUACGGGAACUCAUGCUGCGGAAUUUUGACUUGUCUUGUCAGAACACGGUCUCCUUUUUGGCGGCGCUCCAGAACCACAGUCAGUUGGGCCGCUUGACGUUUCCAACACGGUUGACUCUUUCCGUGGCAUGGGCUGUGGCACGCUAUCUGGGAUCACCCAUCGCCCUGCAAGAUUUGACCUUGACCGUGAACCAAUUUGCGGACGACGACGACGACGACGACGACGACAGCACAAUGGAGGAGACCACCACCCAGCAACACAUCCUCCAUGUCAUUGCAAACGCACUGCUGGUCAAUCCAACACUCCAAUCCUUUCGCUUGCGAGGGAGUGCCAAGAUCCCUGCCAAUAGCCAGCAAAUCUUUGCCGCCAUGCUCAGGCGCAACUAUACGCUGCAGUACUUGACGAUCCAGAAUGACACUGCCACGACAAAUUGUACUGACAAUAUUAUGAAAAGCAGAGACGCAGCCUACAACAUUCAGCUCUAUCUCAAGCUCAAUCGCUACGGUCGUCAAAGUUUGUUGGCUCACGAGCAAGUAUCCAGGGAGAGCUGGGUGGAUGCCAUUGUUGAAUUUGCAACAGAUCUGAAUUGUCUAUUCUACCUUUUGCAAACCAAUCCGUCCCUUUGUUCCGACGGGGAAGGGCGGUGCAGGUUGCCUAAAGGUGGAAUACCUAGCCACAAGUAA